AGCCGGACGAGUGAUAACAGUGAAAAGUGAAAACAUUUAUUGAAUCAUCAAAUCAUCAAUAGCAAGUACAUAUACCGGUGAUAAUUAUUGAUGAUCAGGUGAUAUUACUUCGUUUUUCGGUUUUUGUUCGCCGUCUUUUAAUUCCUUGUGAUUGAUGCAUAACUUUUCAGUUUAAUUGUCCAAUGACUCAAGUGAAUUUCGCACCACUGCUGUCAAAGAGAUCGUUAUGAGUCGUGAAAGUUUUUCCUCUGAAGGUAUGGACACUUCGGAAGAGGACCCUCCUGAUUUUGAAGGAGAUUCUCGCAUCAAGCCAGAUAUUCAGCAAGAAAAAUCAAACUCAAUAGAUCGCACUCCGCGCUCAGCACCGCAAGAUGACAAUCAAGCCUUGAAAGCGUUGUCUUCGAAAUUCUCAAUACAAAUCACACCUUGUCCAGUGCCUCCAGAACAUAAGCAGGCUUUUGAGCGGUUAUCUGCAAAAAGUUCAAUAAAUAUUACCCCUCGGCCAACUCCGCCAGAGGAUGCUCUCGAAAGGUUAUCGUCCAAAAGCUCCAUAAAGAUCACACCACGCCCAGCGCCACAAGGUGUCAAUCAUGCACUGAAGGCGCUGUCAUCAAAAAGUGCUAUUCAGAUAACUCCUUGUCCUGUGCCUCAAGAAGACAAGCAGGCUUUUGAAAGGUUAUCUUCAAAAAGUUCAAUAAAGAUUACACCUCGGCCAGUGCAGCGUAAAGAUUCCUCCGCACCAGUAAUAAGCAUCAAAGAAGCCCUUAGAAUGGUGAAAGAGUCCAGUGACGAUCCACCAGCAGCAUUACACCAGAACGAAUCAGCCACCAAGGAGAAAGCUAAUAUCCAGUCACCCACGGAGGAUAAUGCCCAGAAUUCUCCUCCAUUGGUGUCCAGCCAACAAAAUGAGGAACUCAAAGAUGCAGUUUGUGACUCUAACUCCGGUGGCAGUACCAGCAAUGAUACCUCAGAUCUCACCGCUGCUAUUGUCGAUGGAAUAGAUGAUGAAUUGGUCCUAAAUGGCAAGCCAACUGACAGAGGUGAGCGCUUUGAUUUCUUAUUAAAACAGACUGAACUGUUUGCAAAUUUUGUUACAGAGUCUGCUGAAACUUAUUCAUCUCUAGAAAAACCCAAAAUAUUUAGUUCACCCAGCACUGAAAAUAAUACUGAUGCGUCAGUGGAGCAUCGCCACCGAAAAACUGAAAAAGAGGAAGAUGCUGAAUUACUAGCUGCUAGUCAGAAAAAUUUGAAGGCAAUCCGAGUGCUAGACUCAACUCCAUUUUAUAUAAAAAACGGCGAACUACGAGAUUAUCAAAUUCGAGGUCUCAACUGGUUGAUCUCUCUGCACGAUAGCAAAAUUAAUGGAAUCUUAGCAGAUGAAAUGGGACUCGGUAAAACCCUUCAAACUAUCUCUUUACUUGGAUAUCUUAAACACUUUCGAAAAAUUGAAGGGCCUCACUUAAUUGUUGUUCCUAAGUCUAUGUUGUCCAAUUGGAGUAAUGAAAUUGAGAAAUGGUGUCCGUCUUUGAAAGCUGUCACUUUAGCUGGUGACCAAGCCAUGCGAGCUGAUUUUAUCCGCGAUAUUUUAAAGCCCGGAACUUGGAAUGUUUGCAUAACAAGUUACGAGAUCCUCAUCAGAGAAAAAACAGCUCUUAAAAAAAUCAGUUGGUCCUAUUUUAUCAUUGACGAAGCUCAUCGAAUAAAGAAUGAAAAAUCCAAAUUGUCCGAAACAAUCAGAGAAUUCAAGUCAAAUCACCGUUUACUUCUAACAGGCACACCACUCCAAAAUAAUUUGCAUGAAAUUUGGGCUUUAUUGAAUUUUUUGCUACCAAAAGUUUUUGACUCAGCCGAUGACUUUGAUGCUUGGUUUAACACAAAUAGCUGCCUUGGUGACAAUGCUCUCAUAGAACGUCUCCACACCGUUUUACGGCCGUUCCUCCUCAGACGUUUGAAGUCUGAAGUUGAAACAGAACUCAAACCAAAAAAAGAAAUUAAAGUUUAUAUAGAUUUAAGUAAAAUGCAAAGAGAAUGGUAUUUAAAAAUUUUAAUGCGAGAUAUUGAUAUUGUCAAUGGUGCUGGUAAGGUUGAAAAAAUGCGACUUCAAAACAUUCUCAUGCAGCUGAGGAAGUGCUGUAAUCAUCCUUACUUAUUUGACGGAGCCGAGCCAGGUCCUCCUUACACAACAGAUGAGCAUUUGAUUUUCAAUUGCGGCAAGAUGAUCAUUCUUGAUAAAUUACUUGCAAAGCUGAAGGAUCAAGGUUCGCGUGUCCUGAUUUUCAGUCAAAUGACAAGAAUGGUUGAUAUCUUGGAGGACUACUGCUAUUUCAGAGGCUACAAAUACUGCCGCCUAGAUGGUCAAACACUACAUGAAGAUCGACAUGAAAGGAUUAAGGACUUUAAUCGACCUGACAGUGACAAAUUUUUAUUUUUGUUGUCAACCAGAGCCGGAGGACUUGGCCUCAAUUUAGCCUCAGCUGAUGUUGUCAUUCUGUAUGAUUCUGACUGGAACCCCCAGAUGGACUUACAAGCAAUGGAUCGAGCUCACCGAAUCGGUCAAAAAAAACAAGUCCGGGUCUUCAGAUUUAUUUCAGAAAAUACUGUGGAAGAAAAAAUAAUCGAAAAAGCUGAGGUGAAACUACGGCUAGACAAGAUAGUAAUCCAGCAAGGUCGCUUAGUUGAUAGCAAAACUGCGCUGAAUAAAGAAGAUAUUUUAAACAUGAUCAGACAUGGUGCGAAUUAUGUAAUUUCGUCCAAAGAUUCUGAUAUAAUUGAUCAGGAUAUUGACACGAUUCUUGAAAAAGGAGAAGCCAAGACUGAAGACUUCAAGCAGAAGUUCGAACAACUUGGAGAAUCUGCUUUGGCAAAUUUUUCACUCGACACACCGUCCGAUUCUAUUUAUAAGUUUGAGGGAACUGACUACCGUGGAAUCACAGGUAGGAGUAAUCAAUGGAUUGAGCUGCCAAGGAGAGAGAGAAAAAGUCUCCACAGCGAUAUUAUUGGAGAUUAUGAGCGGAGGUAUGAUGUGAAAAACCUUAAAGCUCCUAAACCUCCAGACCUACCAGUUAUUUUCGAUUUUCAAUUUUACCCUCAGAGGUUGUAUGAGCUGUUGAAUAAAGAAGUCUACUAUUACCGAAAAUCUGUUGAUUAUAAGAUACCGCAAUUUCCGGAUAUGGAUGAAGAAGCCCUGAAACUAAGGGAGGAAGAGCAGAGGAAGAUUGAUGAGGCGAUACCUCUGUCAGAAGAAGAACUUAAAGAGAAGGAAGAUUUACUGUCCCAAGGUUUCUCAAACUGGACAAAAAAAGACCUGAAUGCUUUUGUCCGGGCAAAUGAGAAGUACGGGCGCAUGGACAUCCGCAGUAUCUGCAAAGAGUUUGAAGACAGAACCUCUGAAGAUGUAAUUGAGUAUAGUAGAGUUUUUUGGGAGCGCUGCGAUGAGUUGCAAGACAUCGACCGUAUCCUUGCUCAGAUCGAACGAGGUGAAAAUAAAAUUGAUAGACUAGCCGCAAUCAAGAAAGCUCUUGAUUUUAAGGUGAAGAAGUAUCAACAGCCGUUCCACCAGCUGAAAAUCCCUCAUUCCACAGUGCGUGAUCAGAAUUGGUCAGAGGAAGAAGAUCGAUUCCUUAUUUGUAUGCUUCAAAAGUUAGGAUUUGACUCUGAAAAUGUGUAUGACAAAAUGCAAUCAGCUAUCAGGUUUGCACCUCAGUUCCAAUUCAAUCUGUUCCUUAGGAGUCGAACCUCAGCUGAUUUGCAGAAGCGCUGCAGGGCCUUGCUAGGACUCAUCAUGAAGGAGAACAAGAAAUCGGAGAAUGCUCCUGUGAAACGAAAAAGGCGUUGCAAGCGUAAACCACAAAAAAAAGAAGUAUCGGAUGCCUCGGGAAUGGAAUUUGAAGACCCUGAAGUGCAAUCAAAAAAGCGGAAAGAAUCGACAAGCUAGUAUGACCCUCUUGGGAAACUCUCAAAUUAAUUUAAAAUCAAUGAUUCUUUCCUCCUUUUUCUAAGCUCAAUUUUUUUGAUCAAGUAUUUUAUGCUCUUUUCGAUCUUUUAUAUUGUCCUACUUAUCUGUAUAGUAUUUGUAAUUUUAUGUAUUUAUAACUUUUCUAUUGAAGCAAUUUAUAGUCAAGGUUAUUUGUUACGUGGGCCUGUUUACCAUUAUCACAUACAGCUUCUUCUCCCAAUUUGCAUACUUUGUAAGUAGAAGCUAUUUUUAUGAAAGGUUCAUUUUUCUUGUUGCCAUCCAACUAUGUUGUAAAAAGUCAGUUGCAAGUUGAGGUUUUAAUUAGACGCAAAAUGACAGGACUUUACUUACAGCAGUUCUUGCUCUUUUCCUAGUUUUGCAGAAAUGUAAAAGAUACUUCAGCAAGAUUUUAAUAAUUUUUCAAGCCCAAUGUGAAAUAUUCAACACUUAUUUUCAAACUGAAGAAUUUGUAGAAUUAUAAUUAUAUUUCCCCACCCUCAAUCCCAUGGUGGGUACGUGAGAAAAGUAUCUGCAUUUGUCUUGAUCUACUUUCAAGAUGACAACUCAGCAAGAACCCAUUACUUAUGGAUGUUUUAUUAUUUUCUAUUUUUUGUAGCUGAAGAGAAAAUGAAACCAUUAAAAAAUGUAUUUUCUUUUGGCUGCGUCUUUAAGUAUAUUCCCAGUUCUAGGGUGAAGAUAUUUUUUAUUUGCCAAUGAAUAAUGUUUCAGGAAUCAUACUUAAGUGACACAGCUUUCAUCGCACUUAAGCGCAAGCAAAUAGGUUUUCAAAAAAUUACAAAUUUAUUUGCUUGCUCAGGAUUUCAUUCACAAUUACAGGGUAAAUAUAUCUACCAAAAUAUCAUCGUAAGCAGCUAUUAGAAAGAGAGAAAAAAUUUCCUUAGUAAUAUUUCCACCUAAAAUAGAAUGAUCUCGUUAUUUAUAAGAUUUUAGUUGUACCGCUAUUUCUUAAGUACCUGUUUGAAAAUUGAAACAUCCGAAGCUUCUUCAGAUCACAACUUCUCCUUAGUCUCCUAAAAUCAUGAGGUAAAAAAUAUUUUUGUUCCAAACGAAACAGAAAGCACCGCUCAGAGAUUUUUUGGAUAAGUUAGAAAUGUUUUUCCAGUAGGUAUGUAAAUUUAUACAUUCUUUUCUUCUCUUUUUUUUUGGGGGGGGGGGGGGUUAAAAUUUAUCCAUAGAUUUUUCUUAUAUUUAAUAUCAAAUCUGUGCAAUUUCAUACUUAACACCCCUCAAAUCUCGUAUCUAUUGAUUUUCUCUAUGGUUCCCAUACAUACAAGAUCCUACUUAGAAUGAAGUAUAAAUACCUAAAAAUUGUGCGUAAUGUCCAAGAGUUUCUUCUUGGGAAAACUUCCCCAAAAUUUGGAUUGACAUUAUUCAGCAUCUCUUAUCUAUAUUGCUAAGUAAUCAUAAUAAGCAAAAUUCUUCUCCAACUUCGAAUAAAUCUUUUCGUUCUUUAAGCGUCUCUUUCCUCUCGAUAUGAAUACAUAUUUGAAAAUUGUUGUAGAAAGAAGGAUUUCAAUGGGUAACAUAAGUAGCACCGUAUUUUUUAUUUUACUUCAAGAGCACAAAGUAUCCUUAUAAAGUGGAACUAUUCAACAAUGAAAGUGGAUCACAGUUGCACUGAAACAUUACAUUGCUUUCAUUCUUCACAUUCAUCUACUCCAUUUUUGUGCUCUUCUCAGAAAAUGUACUCAAAACUCUCUUUUUUGAUAUGCAUACUUUAAAUGUCCUUCCCUCCUCUUUUUUCGUCCUGAAUAUCCAUCUAACUCUGUAUUUUCAACAAAUUUUUACCUAAUUGUAAUAUGUAAAGCUGUUUGACAAACUUUCUUUCAUUUCAACAUUUAUUUUAAUUUUUUAAGUUUGAGCACAAAUUAGCAUGUAUUUUCUUCUGUAUCCAAAAAUUGUUAAAACCAGUGCUAUUUCUUUUUCUUAAAAAAAUAAACGUUUAUUUUUAAA